AGUGCCCAGUUUUGCUCAAGUAGAUGGGUCAAAGUGCAGCCUUUGGCCGGAGCAGGCGAUGUCAGCCAUCACCGGGGAUCAGGUGGCUGUAUACGACCGUCAGCUCAGGCUUUGGGGGGUGCAAGCGCAGCAGCGGCUGCUGAAUGCCAAGGUGUUGGUCUGGGGCCUGGAAGGCAGCAAUGUGGAGGCGUGCAAGAACCUCGUCCUCGCAGGUGUCGCCCUGACUUUGCGGGACCACCGCACUGUGACAGCGGCCGAUGUAGGCUUCAACUACUUCCUGCGGCCGGAGGACAUGGGGAAGUUCCGGUCCGAGUGCGCCAGCCCAAGGGUACAGGAGAUGAACCCGCUGGGGAGUGUUGCCUGCAGCUGCAACAAGCCUGACAGGGAGAACCUGCAGGACUUAGUGAAAGGCUUUGACGUGGUCAUUGUGGGCCUCGGGGUGCUGGGUUACGAUUUCCAGCUUGCGGCCGACGUUGACGCUGCGUGUAGAUGCCAGAACGCGGGCUUUAUGCUCACCGUUGCCGCUGGCGAGCUGGCCUUUUUCUUCUCAGACCUCCAGGAGCACGUGAUGCAGGAGCGAAGUACUCAAGGAGGCACAGAAGCAGGCACGGAGCAUAAGCCGGAGACCUUCAGCUUCCCUUCCUUCAGCUCUUGGCUCUCCGAGCUGCCGCAGACGGCUUCGGGGAAGACCGACGCGACCUUCAAGCUGAUCGCCCUCUUCGCCUCCUUCCGGAACAGCCACAAGGCCGCGCCCAGCGAGGCGAAGAGCUUCGCGGCCCACUGCAAGGAGGUGCAGUGUGAGCCAAAGGUGGAUGGCCUGGACUCGUUAGAGCAGGCCUUCAGCCACUUCUUCGUGGAGCCCUUGGUGCAUGUGGCCUCCGUGCUCGGGGGCCUUUUGACCCAGGAGGUGAUCAAGGCCAUUACCAGAAAGGACCCUCCUUUGGUGAACAGCGUUUGCUUCAACGCGCACACGGGGGCCGCGCUGGUGGAGCAGAUCCCAGCAGCGCCGCCGGCGCCAAAGAAGCGGAAAGUGGAGGAGGAGGUGGCAGACCUGCUGGAUGACUAACGGAGCGCUCUUCGAGCUUGGCGUGAGGAGAAAA